GUUAAUUUAAUAUCCGCCUUUGUUAUUGGCAACUAUAUGGUCUUGGGUUUCCUGAUGUCUUGCGCUGUGUUCUUCUUUGCCGAGGAUUAUGUACACAAGGAUACAACAGUGGGAAAUUUAAUAAAUCCUCUAAUGCAUGGCUUGACAUUGGUUACCAUGAUUUAUUUAUUCUACCCCGUCUAUCUGUUGGUCCAACAGACACGCCUACCACCCUCCAAUGAUCAUGAAAUUUUGGAUGAGACUGAUGUUUUAGCCCGACCUGAUGCAUCUUCGAAAACUACGAAACCUGUUAAACACACCAAACCCUCUAAGCCUGCCCGAACGAAUGGUAAUGCUGAGCCAGUCAAUUGUUAGAAUUUGAAAAUUUAAAUUUCAAAUCAAAAAUUGUUAAAACGAACCAACCAACGAAUAGUUUUUUAUUAACUUUUGUGAAACGAAUGCUUUUAUUGUUAUUGUUAGGGCUGCAAAUAAGCCAAAAACUACGACCAAAACAAUUAUUUAU